UCUACCUGAUCACUAUGGCUUUCAACAGCAGACAGAGCAGCUUCAGCACCCGCUCCGCAGUCCCAAAUGCCGGCUUCAGCCAGAUGCGCAUCAGCUCCACUCGCUCCUCCAGCGGAGGCUCCGGGCUCGGAAGAGCAGGGGGCAAUUUCAGCAGCUCCAGCCUGUCCAACCUCGGCAGCGUGAAAAGGAGCGUCUCCUACGGCGUGAGCAGCGGCCGCUCCGGUGGCGCAGGAUUUGGUGGCGCAGGAUUCGGUGGUGCUGGUUAUGGUGGCUCUGGAUUCGGUGGUGGAGUUGCCUAUUCCGGACCUGGUAUCCAGGAGGUGACCAUUAACCAGAGCCUGUUGUCUCCUCUCAACCUGGAGAUUGAUCCCACCAUUCAAACUGUCAGACAGGAGGAGAGGGAGCAGAUCAAGACCCUGAACAACAAGUUUGCCUCAUUCAUUGAUAAGGUCAGGUUCCUGGAACAACAAAACAGGGUUCUGGAGACCAAAUGGGAACUCCUUCAGAACCAGAAAUCCGCCAAGGCCAGCAACAUCGGCCCCUUGUUUGAGGCUUACAUUGCCAACCUGAGAAGGCAGCUGGAGUCUCUGACCAACGAUAAGGGCAAACUAGAGGGAGAACUCAGAAACAUGCAGGAUCUGGUCGAGGACUUCAAGAAUAAGUACGAGGAUGAGAUCAACAAACGCACUGGCGCUGAGAACGAAUUUGUUGUUCUGAAGAAGGAUGUGGAUGCUGCUUACAUGAACAAAGUAGAGCUGGAGUCCAAGAUGGAGGGUCUGACAGAUGAGAUCAACUUCUUGAGGGCCCUGUAUGAAGCUGAACUCCGUGAGCUGCAGGAACAGAUCUCUGACACUUCAGUUGUCCUAUCUAUGGACAACAACAGAGCUCUGGACAUGGACAGCAUCAUUGCUGAAGUCAAGGCUCAGUAUGAAGACAUUGCCAAUAAGAGCCGUGCCAAUGCAGAGUCCGCGUACCAGAGUAAGUUCCAGGAAUUGCAGGCUGCCGCAGGCCGCCAUGGUGAUGACUUGCGCUCCACCAAGACUGAGAUUUCUGAAUUGAACCGUGCUAUGCAGAGACUGCAGGCUGAGAUUGAGAGCGUAAAGGCUCAGAGAGCUAAGCUUGAGGCACAGAUUGCCGAGGCUGAGGAACGUGGAGAGCUGGCACUGAAGGAUGCCCGGAGCAAGCUCGCUGAGCUGGAGGCUGCUCUGCAGAAGGCCAAGCAGGACAUGGCUCGCCAGCUGCGUGAAUACCAGGAACUGAUGAAUGUGAAACUGGCUCUGGAUAUUGAGAUUGCCACAUACAGGAAGCUGCUGGAAGGAGAAGAGAACAGAAUUACCGAAGGACCUGGACCAGUUAGUGUAUCUGUGGUGAACUCAACCUCCAGCAGCAUGGGCGGCGGCAGCAGCAGUGGAUUCGGUUCUGGAUACUCAGGCGGCAGCUCUUAUGGAGCUGGAGGCUUUGGAAACAGCUCCGCCAGGUUCGGCAGCGGUGGAAGCUCCGGCGUGAAAUCUUACUCUGUGACAACAACUUCCUCCAGCAGAAGCUUUAGACAAUAAGAUGUGCAGCAGAAAAUUGUGUCCCCUGUGUAUUGAUGGUAGGAGCACUAGCCAUAGCCCUCAAAUAAUUCAAACAGCCAAUGUUUACAUGUGGAGGUGUUGGUAAGGGUAUAACCACUUAAGACUUAUACCCGUUAUAGCUAUCUCUUCCAAGUGUGUGACCAAGCUCCUACAUUCUGUUUGUUAUUGUUUGGAGGAUAUGACUGUUUGCAGAAAUAUAGAAAGCAGUUCCUUAUUCUCUACCCGUCUCCUUGCAACUUUCUCUUUUACUGCUCCCCCUUCUACCAGUGGGACUGGCUCUAUGCUGAAGCUCAGCGUCCUAUUCACCAUAAAUCUGGGCACGUUUUUACUGUAACGCCCGCUGCAAGUUACAUUGCUCAGUGCACAAUAGAAAUCUCAUGCCUGUAUUAAAAAAAAAUACAAAAUUAGCAGUAUUUACGGGCAGAUAUUUUUUUGUUUUGUUUUUCCCUUGGAAGAGACUUUGAAUGUAACAAAAGAGAUAUAUAUACAUAUAUGCGGUGCUAAUAUCCCUCGGAAAAAAUAGUAGUAAGUCUCUGAUGUAAAUCUGGCAGCUUUGGAUGGGAAAAAAAAAGAACACUGAUGCCUUAAAGUUUGUUUGCAGUUGUAAAACACCCAGUAUAUGGAACGUUUCUUGUAUGUAGCUACCACUGUUUUAGAUACGGUCUGUGUUAGUGGUGGAAAUCUGAAUUCUGUGGGAGGGAUUUUAUGUCUGGUGAGAAACACAGGCAUCUCCAAUAAAAAUUCCUUCAAUC